AUGAACACCGCACCUACACAUCUCAGAAACCCUUCACGGAACGCCUCGACGGCUACCGCUUCCUGGACAGAGCAAAACUACAAAGAAAAAGACUCCGAGUCCCCUCGCUCAGGAUCUACCGACGAUGGUGCCACCGACAAGAAAGAGACCAAUGUAGAGCCUCAUUCGCAGGGUUGGAUUUGUGGAGGCAAGCACCUUGAGGAGCUUCGUCAGAAUGAGAGUCUCAACCUCGACGGCCCCUUGACCGAGGUCGAUGUCGACCUUCCUCUUACUCGUACUCAGGUCAUAAACCAAGGCGACAAGCAGCUGAUCGAGCUGAAGUUCGCACCCGACGACAAGGAGAACCCUUUCAAGUGGGGCAAGUGGAAGAGACGUUUCAUCUCAACCCAGCUCAACCUCAUGACACUCUUCAUCGGCCUCGCUACCACUGCAUACAGUUCUGGAAUCAACAGCAUGGUUGCAGAAUUCCACCGCUCCACCGAAAUGGGCCAAUUGGGUCUGUUCACGUUCAACAUGACCUGCGCCCUUGCUCCGCUAUUCCUUGCUCCCUUCUGUGAGCUUGUCGGCCGCAAGGUCAUCUACGCCGGAGCAUACUUCCUGUUCUGUCUCUGCUUCAUCGGUCUGGCUCUUGGACAAAACAUCGCCACGAUCCUCGUCAUGCGUACACUUCUCGGUCUCUUCGGCUGUGUUGGAACUAUCCUUGUUGGUGGUACCUUCAGUGACAUGUACGAUGUGCACGAGCGUGCCAGACCCAUGGCCAUGUUCUCGUACGUCGCAAUUCUUGGUACGGUCGGCGCUCCCAUCUACGCUGGCUUCAUCGACAUGACUAUCGGUUGGAGAUGGAUCGAAGGUAUCCAGGGAUUGAGCAACAUUCCUCUCCUCAUCUGCAUCUUCCUCUUCUUCAAGGAAACCCGCGGAGGCGUCGCCCUCCAGAAGCGUGCCAAGGCUGUUCGCAAGGCCACUGGCGAUGACCGCUACCAAAGCGCUAUGGACUUCGAGACCCCUAGUGUUCAGGCUAUGCUCAAGGCAUCUUCGGUCAAGGCUAUUUACAUGUUGGCCACCGAGCCCGUUGUAUUCCUGUUUGGCCUCUGGAUUGCCUUCUCCUGGUUCAUCGUUUUCUUGUUCUUGUCCGUCAUCCCCAUCACCUUCCAGGAGAAGCGCGGCUGGAACGAAGGUGUUGGAGGUCUUCCUUACAUCUCUCUCUGUGUUGGAGUCACCCUCGGUUGGUUGGCUCAUCACAUUCAGAUGAGAAGAUACCUCAAGCUCACCCAGGACCCUAACCACAAGGUCGUGCCCGAGGACCGCCUCUGGGCCGCCCUUUGGGGAGCCGUCUGGAUGCCAAUCGGUCUUUUCAUUUACAGUUUCACCCAGUACGGAUACCUGUCUUGGGUCGGUCCCACCGUCGCCCUUGCUCCCAUUGCCUUUGGUGUUUACUUCAUCUUCGAGUCUACUUACAGCUACACUGCCGACUGUUACGGAGAGAGCUCAUCCUCAGCAAUUGCUGGCCAGGGUCUCAUGAGAAACACUCUUGGCGCCGUCUCUCCUCUCUUCGCCUCUCAAUUCUUCCACAACGUCGGCAGCCAGUAUGCUGGCCUCAUCCUGUCGCUCAUUGCUUGCGUGCUCACACUGGUGCCUUAUGUAUUCUACAAGUACGGUCACAAGAUGCGCGCUCGCUCGAAGCUUGCCAUUGUCUACUAA